AUGGCGCUCGUUGGUGUCUCGACAAUCGAGUUCGCCAAAUCCGAUACAUUGAAAGCGAGCACCGACAAUGCCAAACGCAAGCACGUUUGUAGUGUAUGCUCCAGGGCGUUCAAGCGAAGCGAGCAUUGUGUACGACAUCAGAGAAGACGUAAGACUGGCUCCUUCUUCUUCACGCUCCUCAUCCAGCGUGGUCCAUUCCUUGAGGAUGGAAAGGAAGAUUCUGGUUCAAAAGAUGAGACUGUGUCAACUAAAACAUCCUCAAAUAAGGCUGGUUCCUUGCGGGUGAAGCCUCAAUCACCAUUGCAAGCAUCCACCGCAACAGUCAAGAGGAAAAAGCCAGCACCUGUGAAGCCUGGCAAAAGACCUCGCCUUUCGUCUCUCGAUAUUUCUACCGCACACCAGGUUGAUGGCCAGGCCGCGGAACCACCACUACCAACCCCAGACACCACCGAUCAUCAACACAGCCCACAAGUUCCAUUGGGUAUACUAGAGAAUGAAGUCGGCAAGAACACAUCUCUUGCCAACAGUCCACCAGCUCUGACCCCCUUUAAUGCGGACAUGGGCCUGCUGGAGUUCUUCGACCCGUUUUUUGGUUUACCUGCUGAGCAGAUAGUAGAUAUGAGCCUUCCCGGACUCAAGGGACUCACGGAGGGCUUUUCGCCCCUCGAGCAAUUUAGUUCGUCGAGCGCGGACUCGCAAUUAGGUCACAGAGACUCGGAGAAUUAUGUCCCAAGUCAGGUAUCGGCGACCGAGCCAGCUUCCAUGAGUAUAGCAUUACAGCAGGGAGAAGAUCGACCAGCACAGGCAAGUAACGAUCUGAAGGACUUCUUUCGAACAGACCCUGCCGACUUCUUUCUGAACUCAUGCACCAACACCCCUGUACCGAAAGUUCGUCGCGUGGCGACCGCAAAGCCGCCCACAUUGGCGUUCACGGAUAGCAUGAGGACAAAACUGCUGCAAGAUCUGUCGAAACGACUGCCACCUGAGAAGUUGAGCGAUUUCAAACUACCUCCUGCGGUUGCACUCCAAAAAUGUUUCCGCACAUUUGUCGAUGCUUUCCACGUUCACAUGCCGAUCUUUCAUCUGCCAACUCUCAACCUUGAACAAUCGCCUUCGCCUCUGGUACUUGCAAUAUGUUCAAUUGGUGCUUUGUACAGACUAGAGAGAAAAGUGGCAGCGGCACUAUACCAUAAAGCAGACCAAGCGCUCGCCCAACGCAAUAGGGGCGUAAGCAUAGUCGACAGGACCCCAAAUUUGUUGGAAGACUGGACACGACCGGGCUCUCAACAGACAAGUCGACUUCGAGAUACCUUGUGGACAGGACAGGCUAGACUGCUUCUCACCAUGUUUGCCUCUUUCAGUGGAGAUCCUGAGGUGAUGUCAAGGGCGAUUGCACAGAUUGGAGAAUUCAGCCUCGACUUUCGGAGACUAGCACCAUCCGUCAAACCCCGGAACUUUGGAAUGGACGGGGUUACCUGGCAGGACUGGGUCGAUAGGGAGUGUGUCAAAAGACUUUUGUAUGGACACAUUAUGCUCACGAAUUCUCUCGCUAUGACAUAUGGAAUGCCACCAAGCUACUCGAUCGUAUCAGACGGUAACAUCGAGAUGCCCGGCGACCAGAGUCUGUGGGACGCGACGAAUGCUUCUCAAUGGUACGACCUAGUCAAUGUGAAAGGCAGGUCGUCUUUGUUAUCAGUCCGCGACGCAGUGUCGACGAUAAUGUAUGGAAGUUUAUUACGCGGCGUGCCUGAGGAAUGCUGGAGUUGGUCACCCUUUGCGUGUACUGUGGUGAUUAAUGCUGUCUCGAUUCAAAUCUGGCAUGUAACUCAGGGGUCCUAUUUCUUCGACGAGUUGACAAGCAUUGGCCAAGGGCAAUCUCACGGGCCAGAGGACUCUCAAGUUCUGACACAGACAGAAGCAGCUCUGUCGAGAUGUCUGUCUCUGAUCACGCAAGCAAGAUCUGGCGAUGACUACACCUGGACAGAAGCCGAAGGUCCCUUGUUAUUCAACUGUCUGGCACUCCUGAGAGUGACCUACUGCCGAGCAUUUACUGGAAAUGGGCAUGCCGAUAGGAUGAUGUUGCUGAAAGACAAUCGUGAAGACAUCAUCACUUCCCUCGAGGAGUUUGUGGCGGUACCCCAAGAAAGAGAUGAAUUCACCAGCAGGGCAGUGGCUCGAGCAUUUGAAGGCAUGGUAAUUCCAUCAAAAGCUGGAACCCUCCUUCUCCGCAAAACCGCGGCGCUGAGUUGGUCGAUCGAGCAUGCUCUUGCUGGUUGGGAUGCUGCUUUACUCGUAACCAAAUGGGUACACAUGAUUGAAGUCGAGACCAUCCGCGGUAGAAGUCGAGUCCUGAGCGAGCGAGAGGAACAGCUAAUCCAGAACAUGGGCGAUAUACUUGCCGAAGACGACGGAAUCGAUCAAGCGACGAGUAUGGCAGCGAGACUAGCCGAGCAUUGGGCAAGCUUUUACGACGACACGUGGGUUUGGGGAGUUACACCGCGCAUAGGCUGGAUCUUGCGCGAGCUCUCCAACUGCUAUGAGAACGCGCUGCUCUCUAUAUAA